UUUUUUCAUUGCUGCUUCAGACAAAACGAUGAGGCAACAAGUGUGAAAACCCUCUGCCAGUCAGAGUGACGUGGAGAGUCAACGCAGCAAUGGCCGACUCUGUGGAGGAAGUUCUUCAGGGCAGCUGGGACCAUGACCUGGCUGAGGCUCUGGACUCGGCAGGUGGUGAUUUGGACGCAGAGCAGGAUGGCAUCAUUCAGGUCCGAGACCUACCACCCCCCCAGAGAGCCAAGCUUUGGAUGAUUGCUCUAAAUGUGGCAGGUAAAGGAGACAGUCUGUCCUCGUGGGAUGGAGCUUUGGACCUGCCAGAACAGACACUCAUUCACAACAGAUGCCAGCAGCUCAUUGACCAGCUAGGGCUGCCCGUGGAGGAAGGCCGUGACCUGGUGGCAGAUGUGGAAGCAGUGAUCACCUUCUACUGCAAGUCCCGAAAUGUGACGUUCACUGCAGAGCUCUGCUGGCCCCACCUCCUUAAGCCCCUGCUGGGCCUACAGCUGCCUCGCAGUGACCUCUACAACUGCUUCUAUGCCAUUAUGAAUAAAUACAUACCCCGGGACUGUGUGCCGAAGGGCAGGCCUUUCCACCUGUACAGACUCCUGUUGCAGUACCAUGAGCCUGAGCUCUGUUCAUUCCUGGACACCAAAAAGAUUACACCAGACUCUUAUGCCAUGAAUUGGUUGGGUAGUCUGUUCUCCAGCCAUUGUCUUCCUGAGGUCACCCAGGCCUUGUGGGAUGUCUACUUCCAGCAGGCUGACCCCUUUCUCAUCUUCUUCCUCAUGCUCAUUAUUCUUGUGAAUGCCAAAGACAUGAUUCUUGCCCAAGAGGGGGGCAGUAAAGAGGAGCUCAUAAAAAUGCUGGAACAGUCCCCUGCUUUGCUAGAGGCUGAGGACAUUGAGGAUCUGUUUUCACUGGCACAGUAUUACCAAAGCAAGACACCCCUCUCUCUCAGAAAGGAGAACCAGAACCUGUUUGGCAGCAGUCUUGUGGCUCUGAAGGAAGAGGAUAUGGACCUGAGUCAGGCCCUGUGUCUUCCUGUGUCCGUGCCAGAGAUCCUGCAGGCCAAUCAGCUCCAACCAGAGGGAGUGCGCUUCUUCGUAGUGGACUGUCGCCCUGCAGAGCAGUACAAUGCUGGACACCUGUCCACUGCAUUCCAUCUGGACUCUGACCUGAUGCUGCACAACCCAGCCGAAUUUGCUCUGUCAGUGAAAUCCCUGCUGGAGGCACAGAAGCAGUCUCUGGAGUCGGGCUCAGUGGCCAGCGGAGAGCAUCUGUGCUUCAUGGGCAGUGGGCGCGAGGAGGAGGACAUGUACAUGAACAUGGUGCUGGCCCAUUUCUUGCAGAAAAACAAGGAAUAUGUCAGCAUAGCUAAAGGUGGCUUUAUGGCACUUCAGCAGCACCUGGCAGACAUCAAUGUGGAGGGCCCAGACAACGUUUAUGUACACUGGAUUGUCAGCACUUCAGGAUCCCACAGCAGCCUUGGUUCUGCAGACGGCGAGCUGAACAGCACAGGAGAUGGCAAAAGCGUCAAAUCCCUUGUCAACAAAAUGACUUUUGCCCUCAAGUCCAAGUCAGUUAAUGUGAAAGAGAAGGUGAUCAGUUUCAUUGAGAACACAUCCACACCAGUGGACAGAAUAUCUUUCACUCUGCCCUGGCCAGAGAAGGGGAUACCUGAUCGACACGUGAGCAGUAGUGAUAGAGUGGGUAAACCUUAUCGGGGUGUGAAGCCUGUCUUCAGCAUCGGUGAUGAGGAGGAAUAUGACACAGAUGAAAUUGACAGCUCUUCAAUGUCAGAUGAUGACCGCAAAGAGAUUGUAAACAUACAGACGUGGAUUAACAAACCAGAUGUGAAGCACCACAUUCCAUGUAACGAAGUGAAGGAGACUGGACACAUGUUCCCCAGCCACCUUCUGGUCACAGCGACACACAUGUACUGUCUGAGGGAGAUCGCCUCUCGAAAAGGUUUCGCCUACAUCCAAUCCAGACAGGCCUUAAGCUCUGUGGUGAAGAUCACCUCAAAAAAGAAGCAUCCUGAGCUCAUUACAUUCAAGUUUGGCAACAACAACACAGCAGGAGUGGAAAUCAUGGCUGUAGAAAGGUAUUUGAUACCAAAUGCUGGUGACGCCACAAAGGCCAUCAAGCAGCAGAUUAUGAAGGUGCUGGACGCUCUGGAGAGCUCAUAGAGACGCGUGCAGUGCAGAGGCUGGACUCUGGCCAUUACCGAAACUGCCACAGCUCUAAACCCGGUCAGCACAGCGGUGCAGAGAGGAGCGAAGAGGAUGGACUGUUCCCACACUCGUUCUCAGUCUCUCUUCCUCUAUCCCAAUCUUCUCUCUCUCUCUCUUUCUUUCUUUCUUUCUUUCUUUCCUUCUUUCUGUCCCUCUCUCCUGACCUUCUCCCAGGACAGUACUGACGUUCAGUAUUUGAGGCCCAUGAGGACGCCAUACUCAUCAGAUCGAUGGGAGUUCUGACACACUCGGAUGUCGAAAGCCUCCUCUCCUUAGCCUUCAGCUUUUGUUAUUGUUUAUAUCAAGGAAAUCUCACCCUGUAGGUAGAAGUCGGACCUGUUGUCUCAGUUCGGAUAUCUAUGUCAAGCCUUAAUCCUAAUCCACUGUUUUUUACACAAGGGACUUGAGGGGGACCCUGGGGUGAGAAAACAAGACUUUGGGGUGUCCGGUCCAGGAAAUGCUCAGUGUUUCUCCUCCUCUUGUUUAAUUUAUGGAUAUACUUGUUGUUUAGCCAUUUAAUUGCUGCAGUACAUUUUUGAUUGCUUGUUGAGAAGAGAGGUGAUGUUUUAUCAGAGCAGUAUUUAUGCCAGCAAGUAGGAUCAUAGGAGUUUAAGGCCGCUAAAAACAUGUAUAUUCAGUGCUUUUGAGGGUCAUGGGGGAGCACAUAACCUUGGGGAUCGUUGUCAUUAUGAAUGGCUGUUACCCUUGUACUGUAUCACGAAACUGCACAAUACUCCAGGCAGCGUGUGGCACAGACACAGACGCGUGCACACAAGCACUCUUCAGAUGCUCUGUGAAUGUCAUUUAAAGACCUUUCUGAAAUCUCAUAAAUAUAAAAAACCCGCUGAUCACGCAUUCCUCGUUUCUGUCUCACCCUGCUUGCAGCCUUAAAGAACUGCUUCAUAGGAAGGGUCAGUGGGUAAAUGUUUUGUAUAUACUGUAAAUCUGCUUAUGGAUGGGCAUCUGGAAGUUGUAUUUAUGGACGGACACAGAGGUUGCCAAUCGCACUAACAAGACCAGCCUCAAGUGACGAUCAUAUUUUGUAAUUAAAGUAUUUAUGCUCAGGCCCAGUAACCACAUUAAAGGCAAGGUUUCAUGUGCAGCUGUAUCGCACUAAGAUCAAUGAUAACCGUUAUAUCUGCUCAACAUGACCUUCUGUCAUAACUCAUAUUCAGUGAUUUGUGUCUUAACACAUGAUUCUGUUUGAUGACCAAACUAGAAAACUGGCUAAGAAAAGGUUCUUUCUGAACGUGGGUUAAAUGAAUCAUUUACUUUACAGUGUAAUACUUUUUUCCAUGUUCUGCCCCACAGUCUCAGCUUCAGAACUUUUACACUCAGUUUCUGUUGAAACCACAUUACUGUUGUUUGUAAAAUCUUUUGUUUUAAUAAAUUCAAAAGUAGUCUACAA